AUGAACCACAACGGUCCCUUGGAAAACCUUCUUGAUGUUUCCAGGGUGGAAAUUGCCGAAGAACUACAAAAACAACAAAAUGAUCGUCUUGACAAAUUGUGGAAAAAUCAGUGCGAACAAAAUCAAAAGAUAUUUGAGAAGUUUGAUCAGUCAAUGACGUUACAAAAUCAAAAUUUUUGUCUGCGCGAUCAGCACGCGAAACAAAUGGAAGAAACGAGGCUCUAUUACGAAAGGGAAAUAAAUGCACUGAAAAAGCAGCUUGCAGACAUGAAAAAUAUCAUUCAACAAAGCAAAUUGAACGAGAAUUCAGUGAAAAGUGAGAUCCAAAAAGAAUUUGAAAUCAUGUCCCAGACCAAUAUUGAAUUGAGCAGUCGAUGCGACGCCUUAGAAAGCGCAAAAGAGAGUCUCCAGGAUCAGUUGAAACAAGCAAAUAUUACUCUGAAUCUAUCAAGAGAUGAUCUUGAGCGAAAGUACAACCGUUUACAAGAAAAUUACGACAAACUUUCGACGAAAUAUUACAAAAUAAAAGAUGAAAGCAAGAUGUAUCGUGAUCGAAGUAAAGUUCAGGAAAGCGUUGUUGAAAAGACAAAGAAGAAUGAGCGCGAAUUGGAAUCAUUAAUUGAAACUUUAAAGAGAGAAUUGGAAGACAGUAAAGUAAAAUGUGAGGUUGACAAAAGUUUGUACAAUGUAACACAACAACGACUUGAACGUCUGCUUCUGCAAAAUCGUGACAAAGAUUCAAUCAUCGAAGAUCUUGAAAUUAAAGUGAAAUCGCUCGAAAAAACAGUCAAAGAUGUCAAUAUCAACUCGGCCAAAGCUGGUUUGAGUGAAAUAAGAGAAAGUAUUAAGAGAGACAAAGAACUUCUAAAACGAGUUCUUCACGAUUAUGACUCUCUUAAUGAAAAACAUGAGAAAAGCAGGGAACACAUCUUGAAUUUGGAAGGAAAACUCGCUGAAAGCAAAGGAGAAGGACUAAGCUUAAGGAACCGAAGAAUUGCCGAAAGAUCAUCAAGAAAAACUUGGGAACAGCCUGCAAGUCCCACGUUCACACGUUAUGAUUUAAAUGACGAAAAAAGUUUUCGAAGAUUGGGAUCAAUAAAUCACAAGGAGAGCUCAGACCUUUUUCGUCCAGCUUACGAUGCGAGCGGUGGAUAUAACAAAUAUGGCGAUGCAAAAAGAUUAUCAGCUGGUAGUAAAGAUGAAGAAAACAGUUUGGCUUACAAUUAUUGUAAUCAAAUUUACAAAAGAGUUUACGACAAGGGAGGAGCAGAGAUUGACCCCAUUGACCGUCGUGCAAUCAUGAUUUCCGCGGAGAAAAACUUUCUCGAAUUAUCCGAACAGCGAAGGCGCCUGGAAUCAAAUCUGAGAAAAAUGUGUUGGUCUAGAAUGUCAGAGCAAGAUAAAGAAGACAAGAGUUUCCUGGAAAGUAAACUGGAUGAAGUUAUAAAAGAGCUUGGCAGGAUACGAGAACAGUUGAAAGCAGAUAUGGUGCGAUAG